AUGGACACGGAAGAGGCCAUCCUAGCUCGGCACCGUGCUGAGAAGAAGGAUCUACAAAAUAAAAUCGCAGGAAUGAAGAAGCAAGCCACAAAAUCUAAGAGGAAGCAAGUCAAUUCGCGCUGCGAAGAACUCGAACAUGACUUAUUACAAAGGCAAGAAAAAGAGCUACAAACAUUUAGAAACGAAGGUUCGUCCGACAAGCAAGCUUCGAAUGAGCCUCUACAGGAAAGCUCAGAUGACGAAAUAACACCUGAAAAACUUCUGGCACAGCUGGAACUUGGCGUCAGCGCUCAAAACUCGCCAUCUGUUGACGCUGAUAAACAGCAAACCGCUCCACAGCCCAAGAAACGCCGCAAUAGGCAAAAGGAGCGGCUAGCAAAACGCGAUGCAGAGAUGGCCAGAAUCCGCGAAGCAGCCGCCCAAGAGGCAGCUGUGCAACCAAACCUGAAGCAAAUAGAGCAAGACGCCCUAGAUCAACUUUGCGAUGUCAAAGGCGUAAAACAGUUUGACAUCAAACCUGAUGGCCAUUGUCUUUUUGCAUCGAUUUUAGACCAGGUUUGGCUUCGCCAUCCAACUGACGCACAAUAUUUUAUACCGUCAGGAUACGACGGGCCCCAUCUCCCAAGAGAUCUUGAUGUUCGCGCCCUACGAUCUUUGUCUUCAAACUACAUUAGACAAUACAGGGACGACUUUGUGCCCUACCUGUUUGACGAAGCGACCAUGUCUAUUAAAGAUGUCGAUGAUUAUACCAAAACAAUGGAGGAGACUGCUCAGUGGGGUGGUGAAGUUGAGCUCUUAGCGCUCGCAAAAGUGCUCAAGUGCUGCAUUAGCGUUAUGAUGAGUGGGAGAGCCACCCAUAUGAUAAAUGAGCAAGAAGUUGCCAAUCCUGAACUUAAGUUGGUUUAUUACAAGCAUAGCUUCGCAUUAGGCGAGCACUAUAAUUCUUUACAUGAUAGUUAA